AUACAGGAUCCGCAGAAAGGUUUGUUUUUCGUUUGGUUCCAACUCCCUUGACCUCACCGAGAUGUUGAUGAUGAUGAUGAUGAAGAGGAAGCUGCCUACACGUCUGCUGGGCGUGGCCAUGCUCUUGGUCUCGGCCCACAGUCUGCUGCCUCCAUCCAGUGAGGAGCUCAAACAAAUCUCCCAGCUGGGAGAAAAGUACCUGGACAAGCAGAUCGAUAACGCCAUCAACGGAGUGAAGGAGAUGAAGACGGUGAUGGAAAAAUCAGGAGAGGAACACAAUAAAUUUCUCAGCGCCCUGGAGAAAACCAAACAGCAGAAAGAGGAUGCAUUACGUGAGGCGCAGCAGAUGGAGGAGAAGCUGAACGAGGAGCAGGAGGUGUGUAACGACACCAUGCAGGGCCUGUGGGAGGAGUGUAAGCCCUGUCUGAAGAACACUUGCGUCAAGUUCUACUCCAGGACCUGCAGCAGUGGAGCUGGCAUGGUCGGCAGGCAGCUGGAGAGGGUUCUCAAUAGAACCUCUCCAUUCUCCAUCUGGAUUAACGGUCAAAACAUGGACGUUCUGGAGAAGGAAGACCGGAGACAGAGCCAGGAGUUCCAGAACCUGGAAGAGCGUUUCUCAGAGGUGGCGGAAGGCGUAGACAGCAUCUUCCUGGACAGCAUGAAGGUCUUUGACCACAUGCGGUCCCUCAACCCCGGCCCCCUCUUCCCCAGCCCCUUCCGCAUGCCCAGCCUCUGGCAAGGGGCAGGCCAGGAGGGUCAGGGGCAGGUCCAGGUGGCUGCAGAGCUGGACAUGGGAGGUUCUCGUGUCAGACGCUCCCCAUUUCAGGGUCCAAUGUUCCACGGGUUCCACGACACGUUCUUCCCCAUGAUGGACAUGGCAAAGAACAUCUUCGGAUCCUUGGGGCCCCUUAUGGAUCCUGACAGCAACCUGGACACCAUUCCCUCAGAGGACGGGAGUGUGAACGAAGAUGUGGUCCUGACCCGGCCCUUCGGCAACGGCCAGAUGACCUGCAGGGAGAUUCGCCGUAACUCCGCCGGCUGUAUCAACUUACGCGAGGAGUGCGAGAAGUGCAAGGAGAUCCAGUCCGUUGACUGCUCAGGUAAGAAGCCUCUGGAAGGUCCCAUCAAGAAGGAGCUUGAACAGGCCUUGGCCAUGGCUGAGAGGUUCACCCAGGAGUACAACUCCUUGCUGAGGGAAUUUGAGGAGAAGAUGCUCAACACCUCCUCCCUUCUGGACCUCUUCAACCACCAGUUUGGCUGGGUCUCCUCCCUCGCCAACAGCACCAAGACCAAGGAUGGCAUCUUCAGGAUUAAGGCGGUGAUCUCCCAGGACAACAAGGACACAGGCGACUCAAAUGACACCAGCGUGUCGGUGCAGCUGUUCGAUGCCCCGCCCAUGACCUUCUCCGUUCCCGGUGACAUCUCCUGGAGCGACCCCAAGUUCUAUGAAGUGGUGGCCCAGGGAGCCCUGGAACGCUACAAGCAGACGACCGUAGUUGCAUAGUGAGCAGCGGAGGACACAGGGCAGUGUCUGCUGAAGAAAUACGCGCUGGGCCAGAACACACGAAUGUAAACGUAGUCUCACAAUCCCUGUCUUUGCAAAUAACAUUAGAACAACGUCAGCACAGCUGUAGGAAUCUAACCAGCAGGUAGACAUGCGAGGUGGAGUCUCUUAAAUGUUGUUUUCUUAGUUCCUCACACCCUGUGGUGAGGUCUCUUCUGGAAUCACAUUGGAGGAGAGAAUUCAAUGUGAAGAAGCCCCAUGCCCACUCAGGAGUUAAGGAAAGGAGGCGAGGAGCCAAGUUAUGCCUUCGGAGACUCCCAGAGUAGUGUUCUCGAACAGAGAGUAGUGCUGUUAGCCUUGACGGACCCCUGCUUAUCUCUGCUCACGUCCAGGGUCCAACACUGUACUGUGCUUCUGUAUAUACUCUACAGAGCCACGCGGUAUUAAAAGAAUGGUGAGACCGUUAA